AAACGUGGUGCAUCAAAGGCAGCCAAGACGAGGAGGGAAAGAGGAUUGAACAAAAAGGCAGAGAAUGAAAAUACAGAGGCUAGUUACUUUAUUGUCAGUGCAGUUUUCGACUCGUUUUAGAUUGGAAGUAUAGGUUUUUCAAUUGUUACUAGUUUAAAAAUCGUGGCUUGUGAGUAGUCACCACUUCUAAUUGACAGGUCUGCCAAAUCUGCAAGAGUAAGGAUCCUGAUAAUGCCCAAGAACAAGUCCUGUGGAUACAGUGUGACACAUGUAACAUGUGGUACCAUCAAGUUUGUGUUAGAGCCUCUUGGCCACCUUUGUUAUGCCCUGCAGAG